AUGGCAACAUCGGACUCUGACCUCUCGUCGCUCUCAUCGGCACCCCCCACAGAUGAUGAGACCGCGAUGGCCAUCGACGAGCCCGUGGGGAUUGCGAAAUACUUUCAGAAGGAGUCCGAGACUCCGCCUCCAAAACGGGAACCAUCACCGCCGCAUGAGUACGCUUUGGCGGAUAAUCCUACAAUUGCAUUCAUCGUCACGUUCCGUGCGCGUUUCCACGAGUCCUUUCCCCGGAGCCUGCCACACUUUGGCCCACAGGAUAUAGAGAAAGGCGUUGAGGGCCCAGUGCCAGGCGAGUGGAUCGAGCGCCUACUUUGCGCGCUAUUGGGACUUGUCUUAAAUCGCAAAAAGGAUGUAGAACGAAACCACUACACGCGGCCUUUAGAGGAGGCAAUACAUACUCACCAGUCACAAUGGCCAAAGGCAUGGGAAGGGAAGAAUCCACUUCAUGGAGGCCGGUCAUUCGCGACGAUGUCACCUGAAGAACGACUCGAGCUUCUCCGCGCUUUGAUCCUAUGGUCACUUGCAUCGUCGGAUGCGAUCCAGGCCAAGAUCAAGGAAUCCUAUAAACAGGCACGCCAUGACGACGACCUGAACCAACCUCUUUCAGUCCAGCCUUGGGGUAGAGAUAGCCUCAAGCGCCGCUAUUGGCUGAUUGAGGGCCAGGAUGACACGCAUUUCCGAUUGUAUCGCGAGAGCAACCCCGCGCUGAAGAACGUGACCUGGUGGAGUGUUGCUGGCGAUAUCCCAGAGAUGCUGGCAGUUGCCGACAGGUUGCUCGAAGAGAAAAACAUCCAUUCCAAAAAGCUCAGUGAGCGCAUUCAAGCAGCAAUCCCUCGCUUCGAGGCCUCUGAGGAGAAGCGCAAGCGCCGCGACUAUCGCCUCGCACGAAAAGCUGCUUUUGCUCGACCGGAGCCUGGCUUCUCGCUGUAUGAAGGCCGCACUCGUGGCAAAAAACUCAAGUACACCUACGACGACGAUGAAGAUAUAUUCUCCGAUGAACAGCCGACUAGACGCUCUGCACGGAAUUCCUCUGCUGCAGCUUCCACCGAACAAGCGCGCCCUCAAUUUACAGCAAGCGGACGACAAGUCAGGUCCCGAGCUGGGGGCGCAUACGGAGAGACACUUUUGAGCGGGCAGCGUGAGGACUCGGAAUACGACGAGGACAUGGAAAGACCACAAAGGAAUCGAACCGCAAAUCGAUCGAACGGCUAUUCUGGCUACGACUUGGAGGAUAUGGAUCACGAGUCGGAGGCGCAGUCCAAUGAGAGCGGAAAUGAGUGGGACGGAGGUGAUGAGGAUGAGAACGAUUUCGAAGGCGAGGAAGAGGAGGGUGAGAAUGUCAGUGGGGAUGAAUCCGUAAUCAAUGGGGAACCUCGAAGCCUGGUGGUCCAGCUUCGAUACAGCAAAGGAGGUGCAAACAGCGAACCUCAAAAACCAGACGGCCCGCCUCCUUCGCACGAUGCGUCAAUGGAGCCUGCGACAUCUGCAGCCAUCAGCAGUCCGGCACAUCCAAAAUCUGCACCUGAGUCAACAGUGAAGGCACCGAGCGAUGAAGUCGCCACAGCAUCCCCAUUAGCACCCCAGUCCGAAGCUCCAAAGGCGGAUGUAUUGCACAUGGCCGCCCUUUUGAAUGUCUCGGAGACUUCCGCUCAAGCUCCAAGCCAAUCAAACCAACCGAGUGGCCCGACUGUCGCUCAGUCGAAGCUUCAAGACGUGCUUCGCUCCGAUGCAGUUCACAAUGAUGUACCACCACCCAGCUGA